AGGAGGAGAUGCCAAGAGACCGUAUCUUUGUUGCCAUAGUGACGGGCUGGGGUGGGGAAAGGAUGGCGUUCCCACGGCAACCAGCUAUGGGAACCCAGGAGGUCGGGACGGGCUCUUACUACUGUACUGUACUACUGCGUCCGGGUCCGGGAGGCCUUUGGCGGAGCAUAUUCAAGAGAAGCAGCAAGGCGGCCCUCAAAUCUUCAGCUCUUGGGAGCUAAGUUAUCCUUGUACCACACCUUCUGAAGAGAGAUAUAAAUGGUGUGCUGAUAAUGCACACAAAUAAGAAGCAACUGUAUCUUAAUAAUAAAGCACGCACAAUUUUUCAGCUUCAGUAUCUAGCCAAAGAAUCUAUAAUCAAAUUUGAUAUGGUAGCACAUGAGGGUUAUUUCUAGAGAGAGCUGGCUGAUUUUAAACCAGCUUGAUUUUGCUUAUGUCCUCUUAGAACAUUUAGCCUCAAAAUGAUUGCUAUACCAUUUCAAAUUCACUUUUGUCUAAGCAAAUUAAGAUGUACAGUGGCUUGAGGGUUUUUUUCUCAAAUAAAAAAGAGGUUCAACCCUGUUAGGAUGAUGAGUCCAGAGAUCAGAAAUUGAAAGAUUUGUCAUCCUCAGAGUUAUUUUAGUACUAUAAAGAUGCUGCUAUAUAUUUGGAAAAUUAACAGGACAUUGCUAAUUCAUACACAGUUGAACAAAUCUGUUUAUUAGAGGCAUAAUCAUCAGCUGGAAAACAAUGAUCCAGCUUUAUAGUAUGAUAAAAGCCCUUGGGGCUGAAGAAUGAGCUUCUCCUGCAUUAGGCUCAGUAAGAUCUGCUUUCUGCUGUCAGUUAUUGUUUGUGCACUUCUCCUUUUGCUACUCCCCAAAUUCCAGACUAGCUGGAGAUUUGGGAAUUAUCUGCAGCCACGUCCCCUGGUUGUUUUUAAUGAUUCAAGCAAGAGUGAUACCCCGCUACAGCAGGUGGAGUCCAGCUCAGUUGAUCAUUUAGAUGAUGAAGCUAACAAUAUAAUGCCAUUGGUAAAAGAGGAGCUGCUACAAGAAUGGAGCAAUUAUAUCAUAGAUACUGGGAGAGCCAGCCUGAAAGCUAGUGGAAAUAGAAAUGAGAAGCCCAGUAAACCAGUGCAUGACGUGAUGAGAGACGAUAGGGAACCUGUUGAAAUUUCUGCAAUGGAAAAGCUGGAAUUGAAGGAUAUCUUCAUUGCUGUCAAAACAACAAGGAAAUAUCAUAAAACAAGGCUAAAUUUGCUCUUCCAAACGUGGAUUUCUCAGGCCAAAGGAGAGACAUUUAUAUUCACAGACUGGGAAGACCAAGAGCUACGUCUUCGUGCAGGGGACCAUGUAAUCAAUACCAACUGCUCAGCUGUUCACACUCGCCAAGCUCUCUGCUGUAAAAUGUCUGUGGAAUAUGAUAAAUUCCUUGAGUCUGGACGAAAGUGGUUUUGUCAUGUGGAUGAUGACAACUAUGUGAAUCUGAAAAAUCUCCUACGUCUCCUAUCAGCAUUUUCACACAGUCAGGAUGUCUACGUGGGAAGACCUAGUCUAGACCACCCCAUUGAAGCAGCGGACGAUGUCCGCAAUGAUGGAUCAACCACCACAAAGUUCUGGUUUGCCACAGGUGGUGCAGGAUUCUGUAUCAGCAGAGGCCUUGCCCUGAAGAUGAGUCCUUGGGCUAGGUAUGUGCAGCUUGGAAAAUUUGUUCGCAUCCCCCAAACCUUAAUAGAACCCCGAGGGUUUCAUUCUCAGAUUCCUGUCUUGGACAGCCUUGGGAGCUUCAUCAGCACUGCAGAGAGGAUUCGCCUCCCUGAUGACUGCACCAUUGGCUACAUCAUUGAGGGAUUAUUAGAAGUGAAACUCCUGCACAGCCCACUGUUUCACUCUCAUCUGGAAAAUUUGCAGCAGCUGCGGGGUGAAACUGUGCUCAGACAGGUUACUUUGAGUUAUGGUGGUCCCGAGAAUAAACACAAUGUUGUGAGCUUGGCUGAAGUGUUCAGUGUACAACAAGAUCCAACUCGAUUCAAAUCUCUCCACUGCCUACUCUAUCCAAACACAGCAUGGUGUCCCACUCCGAUGGUGAAAUGACAUCUACCCUAAUUUCACAUGUAUCUAACAAUCAAGCAUUUUUGCAUGAGCAGCCAAAGCUAUCUUUACGAAGUCCAUGAUUUGGGGGGGGGGGAAUCUAUGAACAGGAAGCACAAUAUAAUCCAUAUUUGGAAAAUUCAUUUUCUUUCUUUUCCAAUGUCAUAUAGUUCCUGUUAGCUAAAAGGUACUCUCUGGCAAACUGCAUUUGUAAAAACUCAGGAAUGCUACAGUCUGGUACUGCAGCAAUAUGAUUAAGGGCCAAACCUUUUUUCUAGUGGUAUGUAAGAAGCAAAGUACAAAGCUUUGGGGUUGCUGUUUUCUUCUGACACUACACCAUGGGAAAAUUAAAGUGCUGAUUUCCAAAUGGUGUGCCAUCAAGAUACAAUCCUAUUUUGCCUCAGCAUCUCUUUCUCUUGGGACCAUACUGGAAAAAAGCUAGAGCACUCCUUUGCUAGUACAUGUAGCACACACCAGUGAGUAGAGAAGGCACAUUCCUUGAACUGUCCUAGCAGAACCUCUUAUACAGUUGUUUAAUAGUUGGCUUAUAUGGACUGAAUAGCAUUCUUCUGAAAAGGAAUACUUGCAUAAGCUCUCUACUGUGACUUUCAACUCCUAGACUGUUGUGUUUUGGAUACCACAAAUCAGUCUGACCACUAAGUACUUCAAAAUAGUUAGAAAGUCAUAUUUAUGUUGGCCGUGCCACUAUACAAAUUUUCCUGUUUAUAUUACGCCUGGUCUCUAUAUCUUGGUGCAUCUCACAAUCAGUAGACUGGAAAAAUAAGGAAAGGAUAUUAGUUAAUCAAUGUCCAAAAAACUUAAAGAAGCACAAUACCAUAUAAGAGCCUUUUGCUUCUUCCAACUGGAUUAAUACUAUAAAGGAUGUUUCUGGACUGCAAAGCUAAGAAAAAUUAAUAUCCUCUGAAGUCAUCUUCAACUAGAUGGGGUUGAGAUAACCAUUCUUGUAAAUAUUGUAGCAUCAUUCUCCAAAAGAGCAGAGGGUUGCCUUUUGGAGUGAGAUGAAGAAAUACUGUGUGUUUACUGUCCUGAGAUAAAAUAAUCAGAUAUACUGCCAUGAAAAAUAUAGAGAAUCUGUACCACCUCUGUCUGUGAUCAUCAAAAGUCAUGAGAGAUCAUCUCAUCCCUAAAAUGAUGGUACAGUAUUUUGUAUGUGAAAUCUUAAACAAUACCAGGAAUCAUUACCUUGGAAACACUAUGAGAAUAUUAGCUGCCCAAAGUAGUCAGUUUACUAGAUGGGUGAGGUAUAAAUAACAACAAACAUACAUCUCUGGUGGAGAUAAAAGCAGUGUAUCCUUCAAGUAUUUGCUUUGACCAUUCUCCUUUCUGAAGAUGUACCACGUCCAUUUUUCAUUAGGGAAAAGGAAUUUAAGGGGGAAUUUUUAUGUUUGCUGUAAAUAUUUUGCAGCUUAUGUGCCUGAUAUAUAUAACCUACCUCUGGGGAACAUGACUGUCAGUUGUACCUGCAAACGGUAAGCUCCAGCAGAUCAUUUACAGUAUUAUGCUUACUAGCCUAGUGAUGUUUGACAGUAGUUGAAGGAUAACUUUGUCUAGGGCUGACAAAGCUGCGUGUGCUGUCUCACGAUACGGUCAGUACAUCUUUAGAGGCUGAAAAUCGAAAAGUAUUUUAUAAGGCAUGGGAAUAUGACAGUGCAUUUUGAAAUUUGACCUCAGAUUUGCUAUCAGAAUUUUUCCCUUUUUCUAAAACCUGUGGUAAUGGCAGGUAAAUGCUUGAUAGGUGCAUGCAUCUGUUCUGUUGAGACGGGGGAAGAUGAAAGGAUGUUGUUUUCAAUGCCCUGCAGUGACCUCUUCUCUUUCCUUUUGAAUAUCUGCCCCUUCCACUGUUCAGUUGUGUACCGACUCCUUACAAAUACCUCCAGGUUCUCUUUGCUGAAUGCCACCUCUGUCUGUACCAAAAAAGAAAAAUACAUCUCUGUAGAAAUUCAGGUUUGGCAACAGAAAAAUCAUGCCAGAUUUCUGUGAUUAGUUCUGAAUGCAAAAUACCGUUUUCCUUUGCAUAUAAUUUUGCAUGUAUGCUGCAGAGUAGACCUGCAAUUUGUCAGUGCAGAGCACUGGCCAUAAAUGAUCUGUUGUACGUGCGCAUAAUUAGAAAUGUGCAGCCUUGGCUGCAGUAGCUGAAUGCAGGAGCAUUCCCAGCUAUAUUCCCAUCAUUGCUCAGAAAUAAAAAAUUGUAGAAGGGUG